AUGCCUAAAACAGUGGAUGAGGUGAUUCUUGAUGAAACUCCAGAUUUGUCAGGUACGAGGGAUGGGGUUGAUGGGAAAGAAAUUACUGAUGAUGGUAAUAAAACUAAGUUAGCGACACCUGAUGCACCUUCAUAUGCAAAGGUUGUCCAAAAUGAGGAAAUUACGUCAAAGGUUAAUUUUUGUUACAUUAAUUCUGAGAGUUCCAUAGAAAAUAUUGAUGUGAUUAUACCAUUAGAUUCUGUUAAGAAAAUUAAUGAUAGAUAUGCUUAUACACUAUAUGGUUAUUUCUUGGGGAAGAGAUUGGCAUUUCCUGUGGUUGAAAGCUUUGUAAAGAAUGCAUGGGCGAAAUAUGGACUUAAACGCAUCAUGAUGAAUUCUCAUGGAUUUUUCUUUUUUAAAUUUAGUAAUCAGAAAGGGAUGGAGGUGCUCAUUGAAGAAGGUCCUUGUAUGAUUCGAAACAUUCCUAUAAUCCUUAAACCUUGGACACCCAUGGUGAAUUUAAAGAAAGAGGAUACUAAAACGAUCCCUGUUUGGGGAAGGAGCAGUUUUGCUCGUGCAAUGGUUGAAAUUAAAGCUGAAAAUGAAUGGAAAGAGCAUCUUAAUGUUGCUAUUCCAUCACUUGAGGGAAAUGGUUACUCAAAAGCUAAGGUUGAGAUAGAAUAUGAACGGAAACCACCGUGUUGUUCUACUUGUUGUUGCUUUGGGCAUUCUUUAUCUGAAUGCCCUAAACGCAUUGUGAUGGAGAAUACUAGUGACCAGGCAAUGAAUGACGAACUUGAAAAUGUUGUGUGCCAAACUACUUCAGCACAUGCUGCUUCUUCUAGUGCACCGAAAAAAACAAGUAAUAUGGGUUCAAUUUCUUCUACUAUGCCAAACCAAACUGGAUUUCAAACUAGUAACCCUUAUUCGGUCUUGAAUACUGAAGUUGAAGAAUCUAGGGAGAUGAAGAAGGAUGAUAAUAUAGGUACUUGUGAUGGUAACCAGCCACCAAAUAAAGGGGGGGGGGGGCUUGGGACUGAUAGUGAUGAUGAUGAGUGGAUAUCGAAUGUUUCACUUUGUACUAAAGUUUCUAGGAUCAUUUUGGGUUCGGAUCCAAAUAUUGUUGAUGUUAUGCUUAUUUCUCAAACAGACCAAGUGAUACAUACAAAGGUGAUAUUGAAAAAUGUGAAGAAAACUGUUAUGUGUUCCUUUGUUUAUGCUCAUAAUCGGUAUACUCAUCGAAGGGCUCUAUGGAACAGUUUGAAAGUACAUAAAGCGUUUAUGCAUGAUCAGCCUUGGUGUAUAUUAGGCGAUUUUAAUGCAGCUCUCAAGUUAGAAGAUAGUUCAAUGGGAAAUUCACGAAUGGAUAUUGCUAUGAGAGAGUUUAAAGAAUGUGUGGAUAACAUAGACGUUUCAGAUGUUAAUAAGAUUGGGAUGCAUUUCACUUGGAAUCAAAAACCAAGUGGUGACCAAGGAUUACUGAAGAAGAUUGACCGUAUUAUGGCUAAUACUGAAUUUGUUGAUGCAUUUACGGGGGCUGUUGCGGUGAUUCAACCUUGUAGGAUCUCAGACCAUGCGCCUGUUGUUUUGCAAAUUCCUUUGAAGCCAAAGUUCACCAUAAAACCUUUUAAAUUCUCCAAUAUUCUUGUUCAUAAUGAUAAUUUCAAACAGGUGGUGUCUGCGGGUAAUUUGCAUGCUAAAGUUAAAUCUCUUCGAAAUGAAUUGGAUGAAGUUGAACGAGCUAUUGAUGCUGAUCCUUUUAAUCCUUUGCUAAGAGAAGAACAUGCUGCAUAUGUAAAAGCUUACAAUGAUUCUCUUCUUGAUGAAGAACAGUUUCUUAAACAGAAAGCAAAGGUGGAAUGGUUACGGGUUGGGGACUCUAACUCUGCUUUUUUCCAUAAUACGGUAAAAAGUAGGGUUGCUAGAAGCCGAAUAGAUGUGAUUGUUGAUUCAGAUGGAAGGUUGAUGAAUGGUGAUAGUGUCCCUCAUGCUUUUAUUGCGCAUUUCAACCAGCUCCUUGGCCAAGCUGAUCCUGUCAUUAAUCUGAAUACUAUCACUCUCUUUUCUAAUCGGUUAUCACCAGAAAAAGCUAAUGCUAUGAUUGUUGAUGUUACUGAUGAGGAAGUAAAAGAUGCCAUUUUCUUCAUGGGUGAUGAUAAAUCACCAGGUUCUGACGGUUAUUCUGCAUGUUUCUUCAAAGCAUCUUGGGAUAUUGGUAGUAGAGAUGUCACUUCUGCUGUGUAG